UUUUUGCAGGAAUAUCAAGUAGCUUACAUCAUAUUGAAAGCAGCAAAUUCACCACGUCCAGGCACCUGGGUGCUGGAAAAAUCCAAAGAUGGACAACAUUUCAGUACUUGGCAGUACUUUGCCAGAACUGACAAGGAAUGUAUGGACCAGUUCCAAGUUCCGGCCACCAAAGGAAAACCUCAUUAUUUCACGGAUAAUGAGAUUAUUUGUACAUCGUACUUUUCGAAGCUGACGCCAUUGGAAAACGGGGAGGUUCACAUAUCACUGGUCCAGGGGCGUCCAGGAGCGAAUGAAUCCAGUCCCGAACUGUUAGAAUUCACCAAAGCUAGAUAUGUACGAUUCCGACUAAUGGGUUUGCGAGGAAAUUUGGAACCAAUACCUAAAUCGUUGAGCCAAGACCGGCUGAAAGACAAAAAGUUAUUCUACUCGAUCAAGGAUAUAUCCAUAGGAGGACAAUGCGUUUGUAAUGGCCACGCUGAGAAUUGCAGGCACAAUGUCGCUAGUGGGCAUCCAGAAUGCGAAUGCUUACACCAUACGUGUGGAGCAAACUGCGAAAUGUGCUGCCCACUUUACAACCAACGUCAGUGGUUUCCUGGAUCUUCGAGGGACGCCCAAAAAUGCUUGCCCUGCAACUGCCACGGGCAUGCAAAGAGCUGCCGAUAUGAUGAAGAGGUCGACCGAAAUGGGCUCAGUUUAAGUGCUGAUGGCUCUUAUCAAGGAGGGGGUGUUUGUCAAAAUUGCACGGACUUUACAACCGGAAUCAACUGUGAGAAGUGCCUGACUGGAUUUUUUCGGCCGAUUAAUGUUUCUGCCCACGACUCUAAGCCAUGUUUGAAAUGCGAUUGCAGUGUAGUUGGAUCAUCACCAGAUAUCUGUGUACAGUAUGGCGAAUCAGCGGGAGUAUGUAAAUGCAAAUUAGGCUAUAUUGGUUUGAAAUGCGAUAUGUGUGCCCCAGGGUUUCGAGGCUAUCCAAACUGCGAAUCUUGCCCGUGUGACCCUAAGGGAGUUACUGCCACUGGAGACUGUGAAGGCGAAUGUCUUUGUAAGCAAAACGUUGAAGGCAAAUACUGCGAUAGGUGCAAAUCUGGGUAUUUUGGACUAUCAGAGAAGAACGCUGAUGGCUGCCUGGCGUGCUUCUGUUCCGGUGUCACGACUCUGUGUGAGUUAGGUUUCAUCAAAUUGAACACCAUUCAAACUCUACAAAAUUGGUUAAUCACCGAUCUGAGAGUUUCAGCAUAUAUAACUCCAGUUACCAGCUCUACGAGUGUGUUCUCGGUCGGUAAUUAUGAGUUACCUGGAAUUGAGAAUCUCUAUUGGCUGGCACCGAGAGACUAUUUGGGUAACAAGUUGGAAAUUUAUGGCUCAACUUUCGUUUUCAAUGUUCAAUGGGUGGUUAUGCGUGGUGAUACGAGCGGUGAACCGACAAUUGGACCUGACAUGAUUAUGGUUGGCUCAAAUGGAUUACAGUUAGGUUAUGGAGAUCACAUAUAUGGUUCCCAAAAGAUGUCUUUUAGCAUUCCGCUAAGCGAGCAUGGAUGGUACAUAAUACCCAACGAGAUCCAAGAUAUAACGACGAGAAUGACAAAAUCCGAUUAUGUUAAAGGACCGGCGACAAGAGAACAGUUUUUACAUGUGCUGGCCGAUAUAAAGCACAUUUUAUUAAGAGGAACUUUCCACACUGACCAAAUUGAGGCAUUGCUGGAAAGUGCAACGAUGAGUUACGGCAACGAAGAACUCACUUACGAAAGUGGAACCGUUGAAAAAUGUUCCUGUCCAUCAGGUUACACCGGCCUUUCUUGUGAAAGUUGCUCUUUUGGAUACGUUAGAAUAUUUGCGAACACUUCAGAAAACGAAGAAGAAAGCUAUUGUGGAAAAUGCGAUUGUAAUGGUCAUUCAGCUACUUGCAACGCUGAUACAGGUGAAUGCUUUUGCGAGCAUAACACUAUAGGAGAGAAAUGCGAACGAUGUGCGGUGGGUUUCUACGGUAAUCCUUUAAGGAGCACAAUCGGCGACUGCAAGAAAUGUGCCUGUCCUAUGGAAAAUAUCGAAAACAAUUUCAGCCCCAGUUGCCAGUUGGAUUACUUUAAUUUGGCUAACGAAGGUGGAUAUGUAUGCACCCAGUGUCCGAAAGGAUACACAGGGGAUCAUUGUGAAAUAUGUGACGAUGGUUAUUUUGGGGAUCCACUGGAAAUUGGUAACAGUUGCAGACCCUGUGACUGUAGCGGUGGUCCAUGUGAUAGAAGAACCGGUCAAUGUUUAGCAUGCAAAGGAAAUACCGAAGGUUGGAAAUGUGAAAGAUGUAAGUCAGAUCAUUACGGCGACCCGGCAGCUUCCAACUGUAAAGCAUGCGAAUGUGAUCCCCUUGGAUCUGAGUCGAAACAAUGCGAUAACGUUUCUGGCCAAUGUACAUGUAAAGGCAGGUUUAUUGGCAGAACUUGUGAUCAAUGUGAGGUUACCGCUUUAUGCCCACCGUGCUCCUGCAACUCAAUCGGUUCGAGAUCUGGUAUAUGUGAUCACCACACCGGAAUUUGCGACUGCUUGCCAGGCGUAGAUGGAUUUCAUUGUGAUGCUUGCCAGAACCUGCACUGGGGUUUUUCAACCAGUGGCUGUCAAGUUUUUCCUGGAUUUACGGAAAACCGAAUAGUAUUUAUGUCUUAA